CUUCCAUUGCAGUCUUGUUUUUUUUUUCUUUAAUCCUUUGAUGCUUUCCAGCAUCCUCCAUCAUUAUCAUCUACGGCAUACAUCAUCAUUUGGGGUCAGGACAGCAGCCAAAGGAGUUUCCAAUCCUUUCUUUUCUUCUCUACCAAAGCCCUAUCUUAUUUAUUAUCCAUAUCUCUCCCUCCCCUCCUUUGUUCUCCAAAGAAACCCCUUGCAAGGCCUGAAAUCAUGUUCCAGAGCCAGCUUGCCAGGUCAUCAUCCUUCAGAGGCUCUCUCAAAGCCCUUGAAGCUGAUAUCCACCAUGCUAACACCCUGGCUGAUACCAUUCAAAGAGCUUAUGGUGGUGCAUGCCUUCAGAUGAAGCUGUCUUACAGCCCUCUGGCACCAUUCUUUCUUUUCCUAAUCCAGUGGAUAGACUGUUCUUGUUCUUCCUCCCUCCCCAGUUAUUUAGGCCUUUUCCACAUACUUGUUUACAAGGUUUAUGCUGAUGGAAAGAGGACAGUAUCCACAUAUGAAAGGAGGGCCAGCCUUAGGCAGUUCUAUGCUGUUAUAUAUCCUUCUCUCCAACAACUUGAAAGCUACUGGGUGGAGAAAGAUGAGUCUAAGGAGAGAGGUCGAUGUAAAGAGACAAUGGGCAGGAUGAGGAUGGAAGAAUGGAGGAAGCUUUCUGAUAAGGAUAUGGAGAGAGAUGAUGAAUGUGGGAUUUGUAUGGAGAUCUGUACCAAGAUGGUCCUGCCUAACUGCAACCAUGCUAUGUGCAUAAACUGCUACCGCGACUGGAAUACAAGAUCGCAGUCCUGUCCAUUUUGCAGGGGAAGCCUGAAAAGAGUUUGCUCAAGAGAUCUCUGGGUGCUUACCAGUAAUGGCGAUGUGGUGGACACUGUGACUUUAGAAAAGGAAAAUGUGAUGCACUUCUAUCACUAUAUAGAUAGUUUGCCUCUCACACUUCAAGAUAGCCUAUUCCUGGUUUAUUAUGAGUACCUAGUUUAAUCUGUAGAUAUGGGGAGAGUGAUGUAUAGGCUGUGUGAAAGCCGACCAUCUCUUGUAGAUUGAGUCUGGUGAGGAAAAGUUCUUUCAAUUGGAUGUCACUUUUCCCAAUUGUGCAGUAGGAUAUCCUUUGCAGCGCUUUUCAGAAUAAUCGUAUAUGAAGAUUGCGCUUAAGUUUUAAGGUCCUGUCAAUGUUGUAAUUUAUUGCCAGUUGUUGGCAAGACUAGAGAAAAAAGAAAAGAAAUGAAGCUCACACAUGGAUGUGCUGAUCUGAAUAUACCAGUGCAGUUGGGUUUUACCAGAAUCCCUUCCUGCUUUAUUUGACUUGUGAAAGGCUUCGCAAAAA